AUGGAGAACCUGAGGAGGGGGAUGGCUCUUCAUAUACAUGAAGCCUGGAUACUUCUAUUUGUAAUCCCUGCUUUGGUCACUCCAGCUGCCAUCAGUCAUGAAGACUACCCUGCUGAUGAAGGCGACCAAACCUCCAGUAAUGACAAUCUGAUCUUUGAUGACUACCGAGGGAAGGGCUGUGUGGAUGACAGUGGCUUUGUAUACAAACUAGGAGAACGAUUUUUUCCAGGACAUUCCAACUGCCCUUGUGUCUGUACUGAGGAUGGACCUGUUUGCGAUCAACCAGAAUGCCCUAAAAUCCACCCAAAGUGUACAAAAGUGGAACAUAAUGGAUGCUGUCCAGAAUGCAAAGAAGUGAAAAACUUUUGUGAAUAUCAUGGGAAAAAUUACAAAAUCUUGGAGGAAUUUAAGCCCUCGCCAUGCGAAUGGUGUCGCUGCGAGCCCAGCAAUGAAGUUCACUGUGUUGUAGCAGACUGCGCAGUUCCCGAGUGUGUCAACCCGGUCUAUGAACCAGAACAGUGUUGUCCUGUCUGCAAAAAUGGUCCAAACUGCUUUGCAGGCACCACGAUCAUUCCCGCCGGCAUCGAAGUGAAGGUGGACGACUGCAACAUCUGCCACUGCCACAACGGGGACUGGUGGAAGCCAGCGCAGUGCUCCAAGCGCGAGUGCCAGGGCAAGCAGGCUCUGUAG